CCCUUCCCCGACCAGCCGUCUAUAUCACCACACUACCCCACACCACACACACCACAACCACCCACGCAACCAACCUCCAAUGUCCCAAAUCUUCCAAACCAUCCUCACCUACCUCCCCAACACAACCCCGCUCACCAGCAACAUCACCACCACAAUGAGCAGCCUACCCACCACCCUGUCGGACCCCAACUACGCCUCCACCCCGCUCACCCUCCCGCGACUGGGCCUCGCCCUCCUCCGGCUGGCCCCGCUGAUCAUCUCCUCGGGCUCCCUCAUGUGCGCGUGGGACCAACAAAACGCCUUCGGCUCGUUCCUCACGCCCCCCCUCCUCGCCAAACCGGGCCACCUGUCCGCCCACGUCGUGGUCGACUGGUUCGCCGCCUACGCGCGCCCCACCAAAUGGGUCAUCUUCCUGGGCUACCCGCUGGCGCUGGCAUUCUCGUUCAUCAACGCCUUCACGGCGGCGGGCGACGGCCUGCACCCGCAGACCCGCACCUUCUACGCCCUGGGCGGGGUGUUGUCCAUCCUGCACUUCUAUUUCGGGGCGUAUUCGAUGAUGUGGAAUGCGCGCAUCUCGACCAAGACGAAUGUGGGCAAGGCGAAUGAGGAUGCGCUGAGGGGUUGGUUGGGGAAUAAUGGCACUAGGAUGGUGGUGGUGAAUUUGCCGGCUUGGGUGUUGUUUAUUUGUGCGACGGCGACGUUUGUGAGGGUUUAG